UAAAGUGAUAAUAAUUCUUAUCAAUAUAUGUCGAUACGCAAAGUCUCAGUGAGCACAGCUGCCAUAUAGCGUUCUCUAAUUACCCACUACUGUAAUGAGUGUGCCCGUCGCUAGGCGAGCAAGUCGUACGUGUGUGAGUAGGCGUAUGUGUGGCGACCACACCGUAUUGCAAUCACCUUCGUUUUGAUAUCACUGCCGUUCACUCCCACAAGGGCUUCUUAAGUAGUGGCACGAGGGAUCGUUUGUAAUCAGUUUAAAACCGGCAUUUGCAGCGAAGCAUUUUGUAGAAAUUACGACGGACAAUCGUGAAAAUCUAAACAAAUAUUUAUUUUAAUUCGAAUUGUUGGCUGUUUGCGCUUAUAUGUAGAAACAUAUUUAAUAAAAAAAAACGUGAAAUAAAGACUUUAAAUUAAAUUUACACAAUUAGAAAUAAUUGCAAUGGUUUCCAAGAAAAUUACGUUAUGGACAUUGUUGGUGGUCGCAUUGUUGGUAUUAAGUAAGCCCAACGAAACGGAGUGCCGCCGGGUGAUAUUCUACGCACCGCAGACCAUAAAGAUUUAUACAUCACAGAUUUUGUCGUCGCGUGCGAAGGAAAAGCCGUGCAUAAAGUGUCAUAUGCGAGAUCAUCGUGGCGUAUGCCGACGUAUUCUAUCAUUUAACGCCAAUGGUAUUAAAUGUUGAAAUAUUACUGCGGCAAAAUCUCUGCAUGACCGGAAUCUCCACUUGUUGAACAGCAUUACCUUUAUGCUAAUGCAACUGUCUGCGUAUAUAUGUUUAAGUGAAUUAAGUUUGUUAAUUUAUUUUAGUUGU